CUCCGACAUAGAGGAUCGGACGCGAUCCUGAGCAGCGCUUGUGGCCUCCGUGGCGCUCUGCUGUGCGCGCUUCUUCAGGUCGUCGACUGUGUCACUCGCCGAGCGUUGUAGCAACCUGGCGUUCUCACGCAGCUGGCGCGUGGCGUGCUCCUGGUUGCUGCGCAGGUUCUGCAGCAUGGUAUUGCCAAUGCCGCGGGCCUUUGUGGUCGCCGCUGCGCGUGCUUCCUCAGCUUUAUGCUUGACCGCAUUUUGCACAUCCUCGGCUUUGUGUCUGGCAGCGUCUUUGACUUCUACCGCCUUUCGCUGCAGGCGGCGCUUGGUCUCGUCGGCUGCGUCAGACGCCACCUGCUGAGCCCGCACUCCAGCGUCGCUCGCUGCUCGACGGAGCUCCUUCUCGCCACUCUGAGGCUCCAUACAGAGAUACUGUCAAAAACUCUAGUCAUGGAGCAUGCCCGAUCGGAAGGCGCACCUUGAGCUUGUCCUGCAUAGCGCUGGACGCGUCGUCAACGAGCCGCCGCAGCUUGUCCAUUCUUUCCCACUUGUGAUUGCGUGUGUGGAACACCCAACAAAACAGGAGUGAUGGUCUUCUCGGUAAAGUACGGGUAUCAGCUUGCCCCAGCCAGUCCAUUUCCCCUUUGACCUCGGCCUCAGGAUCUGCUGACGCUACGGCAGUCCCGUUCUUCAAGCUCGAGUUCUUAGCAGGCCUCUCCUCUCUUUAAAGUACCAUGUUCAGCGGAUUCGGUGGAGGCAGCUCCAAGCGCAGCGCCCCCGCGCCAGAAGCGGCUGAGCCGGCGCAGAAUACGCUUUCACAACCCAAGGGCAACGGUGGCGGCGGUGCGAACGGCUACUCGUUCGACCCAUCGGGUCUGGAACGCGCCGCUAAGGCCGCUCGCGAGCUCGAGAACUCGCGUCAUGCCAAGGAGGCUUUCAACCUAGCCAAGGAGACGGAGCGCACCAAGCAGAUGGAGAACCAGGCCAAAAUUAAGGAAAACGAGGCGCUUUACAAGCAGUACGAGAUCGUGCGGGUGCAGAAGGAGGGUGAGGAGCGCCGCAAGACGCUCGAGGAGGAGACGCGCCAGCACCAGCAGCGCGCACAGUACCAGGACCAGCUUAAGCGCAAGCAAUACGCUGACCAGCUGGCCGCUCAGAAGUACAUGAAGGAGCAGGAGCUUAAGAAGCAGGAGGAAAUUCUGGCCCGCCAGGAGGCUUCGCGCCGUAAGACGCUCGACUACGAGGCGGAGCUGCGUCAGAAGACUGAGCUUGCUAAGGUUGCGGCUGAGACUGAGGGGCGCAUCAAGCAGGAACGUCUCAACCACGACCUGCACCUCGAGGAGGCUCGUGUGCGUGCCAAGGAGUACCGCGAGACUGUCAUGGAGGGUAUUAAGCUGGCCGGUAACACUGUCGGCUCCGGUAUCAUGACCUUUGUGGACGACAAGGAGAAGCUCACGACCACUGUGGUCUCUCUGACGGCUCUGGCGAUCGGUAUCUACACCGCAAAGGUGUCCACCAGCGUUGCGGGCAAGUAUAUUGAGGCUCGUAUGGGAAAGCCGUCGCUAGUGCGUGAGACGUCGCGUCGCUCAGUUACGCAAGUGUUGGCCAACCCCAUCCCGUCCAUCAAGCGCGCUCUGCGUCUACAGAAGGCGACGGAUGCCCUGGAGGGCGUCGUGCUGGAGCCCAAGCUGGACGAGCGUCUGCGCAGCGUGGCUGUGUCCACGUUCAACACGAAGAAGAACCGUGCGCCGUUCCGCCACUUGCUACUGCACGGCCCGCCCGGUACGGGUAAGACUCUGUUCGCCAAGGCACUUGCUCGCCACUCCGGCCUCGAGUACGCUAUCCUGACAGGUGGUGACGUCGCCCCACUGGGUCGUGAGGGUGUGACGGAGAUUCACAAGCUGUUUGACUGGGCGUCCCACAGCCGUCGCGGUCUGCUGCUCUUUGUCGAUGAGGCCGAUGCGUUCCUGCAGAAGCGUAGCAACACCGUCAUGAGCGAGGACAUGCGUAACGCACUGAACGCCUUCCUGUACCGCACGGGUGAGGCCAGCGACAAGUUCAUGAUCGUGUUCGCCAGUAACCAGCCAGAGCAGUUCGACUGGGCCAUCAACGAUCGUAUCGAUGAGAUGGUGGAGUUCCGCCUGCCUGGAUUCGACGAGCGUGUGCGCAUGCUAAAGCAGUACUUUGACGACUACAUUCGUGCGCCGAAGAACUCGCGUGCCAAGAAGAUCUACGUGGAGGGUAUUGAGGACUCGGACUUCGACGACCUGGCCGCGCGUAUCGAGGGUUUCUCCGGCCGUGAGCUGUCGAAGCUCGUGAUUGCCUUCCAGGCUGCUGCGUACGGCUCGCCGACGUCGGUCUUUGACAAGGAGAUGAUGAUGCAGGUUCUUGAACACCACCUGACGGCUCACAAGCAGAAGGAGGCGUGGAAAGAAUACGUCGGCCCCAGCGAGAAGCGCGACAACAUCAAGGCAAUCUUGAAGGACUAGGCGCUGGCACAACGCGGAUCGUGCUUCCUUGGGAUCGACCUACUACGUUCCUGGUGCACGAUCAACCGAGCGACUACGUCCGAUAUACAUCGACUCGAUAGACUAGACUGUUAGAUUAGUUCCUAAUUCGUGGGCGCUACUCAGUUCCAGUUGCCAAGGCUGCUCUGCUGGGCUUCAUCUGCGUCUCCUGCUUGGCGAUAGCGGCGGGAGAAAGAAGCAGAACGAAUGAAGGAAAUGAGGGAGGGAGAUGGAGAGGGCCUCUGUAUUUGAACAUGGUAUCGUACCUUUGAUUUUUGUUGGUCAUGUUGCCACGCAC